UCCUGAUCACUGGGCUAAUUGGGCUCAGCACCGUGGACACAGCUGCCAGAAGCCUGUGCUGAAGGGUCAUCUGCCUGCUGCUGUCUCUGUGUUCUGCAGAAGACCUUGAAGGACCAUGCUGCUGUUUCUGUGGCUCCCUGUCCUUCUGUGCAUGGUGAGAUCAUGCUGCUCAGAAACAAAAGCCUGUGAGGAGGCUCACAAGGCCUGCUCUGUGAUCACCUGCAACGUCCCUGUGACCAAUGGCACGCCAGGCAGAGAUGGACGAGAUGGACCCAAGGGGGAGAAGGGAGACCCAGGUCAAGGGCUCAGAGGCUUGCAGGGGCCUCCAGGAAAGUUAGGACCUCCUGGGAAAACAGGGGGUUCUGGACCUGCAGGAUCCAAAGGCCAAAAAGGAGAGCGUGGAGACAGUUCUGUUGCUGAGAGUAAAAUGGCUAACUUAGAGAGGGAAAUAAGAGAACUGAAAUCAGAACUGGAUCGCAUCAAAAAGUUGCAGGACUUCUCUUUGGGCAAAAAGUCUGGGAAGAAGUUCUAUGUGACCAAUGGUGAAAAGAUGACCUUUGUGAAGGUGAAGGCUCUGUGCACAGAACUCGGGGGCACCGUGGCCACCCCCAGGAAUGCUGAGGAGAACAAAGCUAUCCAAGAGAUGGCCAGUGACAGUGUCUUCCUGGGCAUCACUGAUGAGGUGACCGAAGGCCAAUUCAUGUAUGUCACAGGAGGGAGGCUGGCCUACAGCAACUGGAAGAGCAAUGAGCCUAAUGACUAUGGCAAAGGGGAGGACUGUGUGAUUCUGAAGACCAGCGGGCUCUGGAAUGACCUCUCCUGCACGGCCACCUGCCUGGCCGUCUGCGAGUUCUCAGCCUGAGCUGCUCCUUCCUUGUCUUGGUCUUUGGUCCUUGGCCCCUUUUCUGGCUUUUUGCUGAGCUCCCUGCCACUUCAAAAGAGAAUUUAGCACUAGC